ACAAGUAUUGAAGAAAGAAAAAGGCCGUUUGCAGCAAAAUUUUAAUCAAAAUUAUUGUCCUAAAUUAUAAAAGAAAAAAAAAAACCCCUCAGAAUAACGCAUGUUAGUAUGUUAUUGCUACUGCACUCUCCAUUUCCAAAAUUGCCAGUCUCAAAGGCUAAGCAAGUCGAUAACUGCAUUACCAACUAGCGCCGAUUCUUCUCUGACCGCUAUGUCUUCCACCAUCACACUCUCACCUACCUUUCUGGCUAGCUUCCCUUACAGAAAACCGCCGUCUCAUUUUUUCAGCAACCCCAAAAUCCUCCUCCUGAAAACCCACUCCUUUCAGCUCCUUCUUGCUUCCAGAAGGGUCCCCAAUUUCCCUCAGGGGACUGAUAAUCUUGUGGAUGGCCCGCGCAACUGGGGCCGUUCGAUCACUUCCGAGUUCGAUGAUGAUCAAGAAGGAGACGAGGAUGAAGACGAAGACGAAGACGAAGAUGAAGACGAAGAUCGGAGUUUGGAUCUGUUAAUUAGAUUUGUUCAAAACGUAUUUAGAAAGAUAUCUAAACGAGCAAGGAAGGCCGUACGAGCUGUUUUGCCGGUCUCCAUAUCCACUAAACUGGUGGGAUUCUCUGUUAAUGGAGUCCUGAUGCUGGCAUUUUUGUGGGUUUUAAAGGCAUUUCUUGAGGUGGUUUGCACUCUUGGAAGUAUUGUGUUUGUAAGCAUCUUACUCAUACGCGGGAUAUGGAUGGGGGUAACAUACGUGCAGGAAAGCCGUGACCAAAGGAUCAAUGAACUUGUUGAUGACCAGCGUGCCUGGACUGGUACACAUCCUGCCACUUGAUUUCCAGCUUUUAAGUGAAGAAAUUGGAGAAAUAGUCUCUAAUCUAAUUUACAUACAUAAGUGUGUUUGUAAAGAAAUACCUGCAGCGAGGGAUACAGGGAUAAUGAGAAGAUGGCCACUGAAUGGUUGUCUUUCAGAUAACCAUUUUAUUUGUUUUCAAAGUAAUUCAUGGACACAAGUAUUGCUUAGAUGUCUAGGAGUAGUUAGUUGUCAUGCAAGCCGUGAAAUUGAUAGAUCGUUGUUAUAUGAAAAUCGCCAAAAAUAAGAAGCAAAAGAAAAAGCUUUAUUCAUGUCUAUGGAUGAUUGCAACUCCUUAUUUAUUGAUUAAUAUGGUAGGACAUGCAAUAAAUAAAUGAUGGAUUUGCCAUUUGUUUGUUAACA